AUGUCCUCUCGCAGAGGCAACCGACCAAGCCGAGCCACUUCCGCUCCCGCGUUUAUCCCUACUGGCAGCACGGUUACCCACAACGAAGCCAAACCCAACAGUGAUGAUGCUUUCAAUUUCGUUCACCCCUCGUUAAAACGCAUAAAGAAGAAUCUCGAAGCCCGGCUCAUGGAACGGGAGAAGAAAAACAGCGCCGUCGCCGCUCCCAUCAAGCAUCUCGAACAGUGCAAAAAGUACACGGCCAGUGUGCGAGGAUUGGAAGUCAAGUGGAGCCACGAGGAAGCAAAGGGAAACGUGCUGGAGAAAAAGCUGAAGGAUUUGGAGAGUGAGGUUGAGGAGAAGGUGGAAGAGUGGGUGGAAGAGUGGUUGACAUGA